AUGACUCGCCUCUGGACUGGUAUAUUGGUUGUGACAGCAGCCGUGUCCAACGCCGCCGUCACCGUUUACCGAGCCGGCGAUCACGGAGCAUAUGUCACGACUACGACUUCAGCCGCCUCCGCCAGCUUUACUGGAACAGCGGCGUAUGACCCCACCAUCUUGACACCCCCACCGCCUCCUGCGCAACUCAAUCGUGAUUUUGUACUGAGCCAAAGUGAACCAGAGGGUGUGAGCAUUCCUAUCCCCGGCUCAUACCUUGGAUUUUCCAUUGAAUUAUCCGUCGCAAACCGAGUCAUUGGAAAGAACUCCUCAGUCUUAUCCGUCCCAUUUUUGAACCACAUAGCCAACGUCGUCAAUCGUGCUGGCGCUAUUCGUCUUCGAGUGGGCGGAAAUACGCAAGAACGAGCAAUUCUGCGUUCCGAAGGGUUUCCUGGGGGUGAAAUUCUGAUCAAGACCCAAGAGGGAAAUACUACCACCUCAACCCCUCAUGUCGAAUUCGCACCCGAACUCAUUAAAAUGCUUGCUAAUGUCGCUGGUUUGGUCAAAACUGAUAUCUUCUUGGGGCUCAACUUUAUGGACAUAAAUGAUCUAUCAAAUCAAGUGGCUUUCGCUGCAAUGGCUGAAGAAAUGCUAGGCUCGAACCUCCAUGGUAUCGCAUUAGGUAACGAGCCUGAUUUGUAUGAGCGGCCAGGUCAUAUGAAGCGCCCCAACCCUUACAAUUUCGACCAAUACAUGAACGAGUGGGCGAGCGUAUCAAAUGCGCUGGCCACCAACCCCGCAUAUACCAACCACCAGAUCUUGAUGGGGCCUAGCACGUGUUGUGCAGCCAGUAAUCCCAGGUGGAAUAACCUGGCGUUGGCCGAUGCCGGUUACUUACAGCGUUUUGCGAACGAGUUGAAGAUUAUCACCGUUCAAAGGUACCCUCGUAAUAACUGUCAAAUUAAUGGAGUCGAGGACCCACAACUUCUCUUCGCUAAUUAUCUGACCCACGAGCAAAUCAGCCAACUCGCUGAUGAAUAUGCCGAAUUUUCUGGCGUUGUCCAAGCAGCAGGGAAGCCGCUAUACAUGUUUGAAACUAAUACGGCCGCAUGCGGUGGCUUUCCUGGUAUUUCAGAUUCUUUUGGUGCCGGAUUGUGGGCUACGGACUGGGCACUCAAGCUCGCCGCCACAAACUUCUCUUCCACUCUCCUCCAUGUCGGCGGUCAAAACGACUAUUAUAACCCGUUCACUCCUCCACCAACGAAUCAAUCUUCAUUUCGUCAAUGGACUACUGGCUCUGUUUAUUAUACUGCUCUCAUCACUGCCGAGUUUUUCGGAAAGAGUGGCAAAAGUCGGAUCAUGGAUCUCAAUGCCAACAAUGGUGAAAACCUCACGCCCGGUUAUGUAGUAUAUGAGGAUGGUCAACCGACUCGUGUACUGCUCAUUAACUACGUGGAUGAUCCAUCGGGCGGGCAUGAUAUUGUCGCCCGCAUUCAGAUCGGCGCUCAGGGAACUCAGCAACCUGCUGCGAGCCCACGACAAGUUCGAGUCAAGUAUUUUGAAGCGCCUAGCGUCAGUUUCAAGGGCAAUAUGACUUGGGCUGGUCAAACUCUGGGUAAUCAUUUUGAAUCUGAUGGGCGACUAAAAGGCGAAGAGGUCAUACAUACGAUCCAGUGCGAUGCCACAACGAACCAAUGUGCUAUUCCACUCAAAGCACCAUCCCUCGCGCUCAUCUUCCUCACUGAUGCCGCUUUACAAAACUCGUCUCCUACGGAAGGCGCGACUGCUAGCUUCGAAACUACAUUCCGGACUCGAGAAAGACACACUGCAACGAUCGACCAGGCUGUGCUUUCUACGAGUAAUGGCAGGGGCGGAGGGGGCGGACACCGAAUUGGUAGUACGAGUUUCGGAAGUAUUGGAAACGGAGGGACACCGAAUCUGUAUACUCCUGGGAUGGGGCUUUUAGUUGGUUUGACCACUGGUAUCAUGAUGAUAUUAAAAUAUGGUAGAUAA